AUGGAAAUCUUGGGUUUCAGAUUUGAGGAAAACACGUAUAACAUCAUCCCGUCUCCGGCAACGAUGCUUUUCCACGGCCUCCCUGGAGGCGAAAUGCACAUUGUUGUGGAAGAAAUGGACCGGAGAGGAAAGAGUGAAUCCGCAGCUAUCAGUUCGGCCAUAGAUAUGGAAGAAUCUGAAACGGUAGGCAACUAAACAACCACGCUUAGGGCGAUUGCAAUCGCAAAUUGAGAGCAGUUGUGUACAAAUAUCAUAAUGAGCAACAACACGUUCAUGCAAACAUGCAGUAAGAGUAGUGAACUAUAACAUCAUACUUGGGAUAUUAAAAAUACUUGACGUGGGAUAGGCUGUUAAAACUUGUUGGACUAAGAAAGAACUUGCUUUUUGAGUUUAUUAUUAUUUUUAUCUUAAACAAUGCAGCCUAUUUAUUCUUAUGGAAUUAUUUUGAAUCGCUAUCACAAAACAAUUUAGAGUAAUCUAAUAAUGUAGCCUACUAAUAGGCUAAUGAAUUCAUAUUCAUAUGCUAAUCUGUUAAUAGCAAAUAUCACGGUUUUUUUUAUGCACAAUCAAGUGUUUUUAAGCAUGCGUUGCUUUGGCGUUAGAUAUGUUGUGAAUUUAAACGACAUCAUAAUGGAAUGGAUAUUUCAUAAUUUUCUACUUUUGAACUUGUACAAACAACAUUGCACAUUCAUCAAUUCUUUGUGCAAAAAUGAGGUAUAUACCCUUAAAAAAUAAGGGUACAAUUCAUAUACACUUUUUAGGAAAUAGCUUUAGACUAAAACGAUUGAUAAAAUGUAACAAGUUAAAUGAUCAAUUAAUUAUAACAUUGGCUUUCACUUUUUAGCCUAUGGGUGGGUGGAAGUGGUUUUAUCUUUGAUCUCUUCGACUAUAUGCUAUAAUUUAUGUAUUAUUAUUAUUAUUAUUAUUAUUAUUAUUAUUAUUAUUAUUAUUAUUAUUAUUAUAUCGCAUUGUUUUGUCUUGUUAGGCAGUUUUAGCCAAAACAAAGUUUUAAGCAAAAUUACAUUAGGUGAGGUGAAAGUUUUAACAAAAUAAAAUGUGUGUGUGUGUUGGUUUGUAAGUGUGUUUUGAUCCGAUUAUGAUUUAUGUAAUAGUAAAUCUUGGUGUGAGUAAAGCCCUUUUAUUUCGAAUGCUACAUAGCAUGUGCUUUGUUGUUUGUUGUUGUUUAUGAAUGAUUCGCUUUAAAUGCCCAAAAUGUUUAUUACAGGAUAUGGUAAGGCCUAUAGGAUACAUUUAGCUAUAGACCUAUAACCUGGCAUAUUUUAAUUGAUGUGAACUUCAAAAUUAUGUUAAUUUCUAGUCUACAUAAGCCUGUAUUAUUCGGUGUAAUGUUUUCAGUCAGAUAUAAUAAAAGACAAUAUGUUCAUGCAAAAAAUAAAAUGUAAAAGAAUGUCUGAUAGGCUAAAUGAAGCAUAUCCUAAAGGCAGCAUAUCUUGGGGCGGAAAUGAUACAUUAUUUCGAUAUGGGUGUUUGAUGACGUGGUUGAUCUGUGUUUCAAGUUUGUGUUUGUUUGGUUGUCUUUUAGAACAUGUCGUGCAUGAACAGCGACAGGGUGUCUUUGUGCGCGGGCUGCGGCGGGAAGAUCGCUGACCGCUACUACUUGCUCGCAGUGGACAAACAGUGGCACAUGCGCUGUCUCAAGUGCUGCGAGUGUAAACUCAACCUGGAGUCCGAGCUCACAUGCUUCAGUAAAGACGGAAGUAUCUACUGCAAGGAAGAUUAUUACAGGUAACUCCAUCAACCCCCAAAAUGGUGCUGCACACCUGAGCUAAACCAUUCCUCAAUAAUAAAGGUGUUGGGUUAUGAAGAAUAAACACAUUUAUUGUCAGAUUUUUCCUGAAAAGAGUCAUCCCAUGCACACAUCACGAAUUAUUAAUUUUGGUAUUACAACCACAUAUAAUACGCUUUCAUGUGGCCUAUAGCGAGGUCAUAUUGAGCUUUGACAAAACGUUGAAGUGCCCUUGCACAAAAUGCAUUACAUAUGGUCUGUGUGAGAGUUUCAAAGUACUGUAGGCUACAUUGUUCUGUUUCAAAGCAGGCUUUGGUGCACACAUAAUGUAACUGCCACUGUAUGUGCUACUAAUUGACAAUGGAUAGGCUUAAUUUACAUUCGAUCAAAAUGUGUCGGUGCACUGACCAUACAGGUUCUGUCCUCUCCACAGAAGGUUUUCGGUCCAGAGAUGUGCCCGAUGCCACCUCGGGAUCUCGGCCUCAGAGAUGGUGAUGCGGGCCAGGGACUUGGUGUACCACUUGAACUGUUUCACCUGCACAUCCUGCAACAAGAUGCUAACGACUGGGGACCACUUUGGCAUGAAAGACAGUCUGGUGUACUGUCGGCUGCACUUUGAAAAUCUCAUACAGGGGGAAUAUCAGACACAUUUCAAUCAUGCGGAUGUAGACUCUCACAAAGGACUGGGACCUGCCAACGCAUUGGGACUAUCCUAUUUCAACGGCGUGGGGAGUGUGCAUAAAGGGCGGCCCAGGAAAAGGAAAAGUCUCGGGCCAGGAGCAGACUUAGCAGCCUACAAUGCCGGUAAGACUACAGUAAUAACAUUUCCAUUUAAAAUAAGCCUGUUCAGAAUAUUGCCACAUUGACUCAAUGAGCACUCUCCUCACAAAGUUUCUAUACUGUGCAAUUUAUAAUUAUUCCCAAGGCCUGCUUUUGACAACGCAGGACAACAAUUAUAUGCAACGAAGGGGUGGGACUGUGAGUCUUCAUGCGAUGAUAAUUGAAACAGUAGCCUAGCCUACUUGUUCUCAAUAAUCUAUUAGCUAUAUUCGAUGUAAUACAAUUUGUAUAGGCCUACAGAGGUUGCCUGCAUUAGGCAAAUGUUUUUAAACAUCUCAACCAUAACAAAUAGAGAGGUGCCAAACGUUUUGCCCUCUUGGUUCCAUAAUUUAAUCUCACGAAAAAUAUGAUAGUUAUGAUAGCCUAUAUUGCUUUUGCGACCAAUAUUUUCCAACGAAUAUUUCAACAACUUCUUUCAGUUCAUUGAUUUAAGCGUAGCACGUAGCAAAAAUACAUGUAGCCUAUUCUUUGAUUUUACCAUACAAAUAUGCUUUUUACCACAUGGACGUUCCUCUUUUUUUGAUAUCAUAAAAGCCUAUAUAGCCUAGGGGGUGUAAUAUUGCAUUAGCUUAUUUGUGCUCUGGAGAAACUAAAGCCCGUGUUAAUUUAGACUUAAUAUUCAAAACAUUUUCACAUAAUUUCUUCCAAUAAAUUAUAAAGAGGUUGUUUUCUAAAUUGAUGCAGGUUAUGUAUCCAAAAUCCCUCCCACUACAAUUCAACUGUGUGUGGCAGGAGAAAGUUGUAUCUAUAAUUUUCUUAUCGUGUCCUCUUUAAAAAAUUGUUUUGAAAUUCCGGCUUUCGCCUUAGCCAUUUUCCACUUGUCAGGCCCUACAGACAUCUAAAGUUCCCCUGCUCGAGUUUGCGCACUCGGGGACCGGUUGUUCUGGGACCGGGCCAGAAUGUGUGUGCACUACAAGAUAUCAACGAGACUUGACGAGUUAUCCAGUUGUGAUAGUGGACGAAGAGCAGUUGUUGCAACAGCAACAUAAUUUAUAUCACCAAGAAGGCCCUUCAAUAGGCUAAGCCUAAUUGUCGGAUCGAAGUUUGGGUCUUGAGAAUUUAAUAUGACCGUCAGUUGUUGUGUUAAACUGUUUUCAUGUGCAUUCCACCGUUCAUAAAAUAAGUCGAUUGUAAAAUAAGGGAUUUAUAAAGGACAAAGUGAAAGAACCUGAUAUUUAACUUUAGUCUAUUCAAAUAGGCUAUAUAGCCUAAAACAACUUUUCAAUUUAGGCCUACGCAUCACUUGGUCAUAUCAAGAUUUUCCACAUGGUUCGUCAUCUGUUUGAGCUACAAUACUUCAUCCAGUAAACCAAAGUAACAUUUCUCACAACACCUUCGUGGGAAGGGGAUGGGGCGUGUUUCGGGCCGUUACUGCCCUCUACUGUCUACCCAUUGGGCCACUGACUGACAUAAAGUAUAAACCUACUGUAUUAAUAAACAACGCAUUCAAAUAUUGACUAAAGUUAACAUCUGAAGUCACCUAACAAUCUUUUAAGGACGAAAUCGACGUUGUGUUUGAAUAAAGAUCUCAUACGUUUCUGAAUGUGUUGUGGUCCUGCAGAAACAAAAACAAAAAUUAUUCCCAUGUUAUUAGAAAAGUUCACAUCAGCCUAUCAAUGGCAUUUGAAAAAUUGCGAAAGAUAAAUAUUGUUUCUGUAUGCCUGGUGUUUGUGGUCACUUGUCAGAACUCUGAAGUGUUAUUCUGAAGAAUUUGAAUGACGAAUAUUUAUCAUAUGCAGCAUUGAAUAUGUUUGAACUGUUAUGAAAAGAUAGCAACACUUAAGCAUUUGCCAAGAAAAUACUGUCAGGGAAAUAUGUCAUGUUUUUGCAGCCACGAGUAGAUUAUCAAGCGCAGGCUAUAGCAUAAUUACAAUUAAUAAGGCAACAACCAAACAAAACAGUUAUAAUAAUAAUAAUAAUAAUAAUAAUAAUAAUUAUUAUUAUACUAUUAAAGUUAAGACUAUAAAAAAUACCCCUAAUUACGUGCUUAUUACUUAAGCGCAAUUCAUCUGUUUUCAGGGAAGACUGGCAUUUCUAUUUUGCAAACUGCCAAUGCAUAUUUAACAACGGAAGACCUCUAAAUGUAAAGACAAUCCUGACAACCCUAGCCAGAAAGUUAUUCACAUAUUUUAAUUGGUCAAGGUCUUACACAAUCAGUAGCCUAUGACAUGAUAUAGCGUGAGUGCUUGACAAAGGGAACAAUAAUUUUGCAUCACUUGUUUAGAAAUAUGCUGCUUAAUGUAUGUGAAUUUAACAACACUUUGUGAAUUUAACAACACUUUUUGGGUAUAAGCCUAAAAAUGUGCAAUUCGUUAAAUAUCACAAAUAAAUCAAAUAUGUUAUAAAUAUAACAUCCUAUUUUGAUUAUGGUACUGUGUGGUGUGUUAGAGCCUUAUUAGAGACUUUACUGUUUAAUAGUCAGGCUGUGGUUGAAUUUACAAUCACUGUUUAAUUAUACCUAUGCUUUUCAUGUUUGUAUUCCUCUACCCUGAUGUGUGUAUUCCUUGCCACGCUCUCUACCAAACAUUUAAUUACUAAACCAAUCUUAAAAGGUUGCAUUAAAAGACAGCUGGGGUGCAUACAAGCCAGCAUUUAGCUGAUUUUAAUUAAUACAUCCAAUACAUCAUGCAGCAAAAUACAUUACAUGGUCAUGUUUAACUUCACUUGUCCUUGAAUGAUACACCAUGUUCAUGUGGUCUAACCAACAUCUUAUUUGUAUGUGCGUGUGUGUGUGGUGUCCUCCAGCACUCAGCUGUAAUGAGAAUGACGGUGACUCUAUGGACAGGGACUCUUACAGCUCCAGUCAGAAGACCAAGCGCAUGCGGACCUCCUUCAAACACCACCAGCUGAGGACCAUGAAGUCCUACUUUGCCAUUAACCACAACCCAGAUGCCAAGGACCUGAAGCAGCUGGCCCAGAAGACUGGCCUCACCAAGCGUGUCCUACAGGUCAGACACACACACCUACACUGGAUUGUUCCUGAUAUUCAACAAAAUGAGAAAAACUACACACAAAAGAAAAAGUGAAAAUGUUGUAGUGUAUUAUGAUGGUAGCUAAUAUGAUUGAAUAAUGGGAUUUUGAAAUCAAACGAGUAACAAGGGAGCAUUUUCUAUUUCAAUUUCCAGAUAGGAAAUGUGAGGAGUGGGAGUAAUAAAAACAGAUCUACUGCUUAUUAUUGGGAGCGGGGAUCACAACAGAGAGCGCUUGAUUUCCACAAAGACGACAGCAAAUUAUCUAGGCGACUGAAGAAAAAAAUGAGACAAAAAGGUUUCUGAACAAAAAUUAUGUAAAAAUCACUCCGCUUUAAUUAACGCUCCCAGAAAACAAAGCAGUCAUUUUGCUUUGAUGCGUUCUGUUUUUCAUGCCUGUUAUUCCAGUUGAAACCGUGUCUUUCCCUACAGUUCCAUCACUAACAUUUGCUAUGAUGUUGCAUUGCUGUGGUACACAGGUCUGGUUCCAGAACGCUCGGGCCAAAUUCCGGCGGAACCUGCUGAGACAGGAAAACACGGGCGUGGACAAGACCUCAGACGGCUCCACCCUGCAGGGGGGCACACCCUCCGGACCCGCCUCCGAUAUCUCCAACUCCUCCAUGAGCCCCUCCAGCACCCCCACCGCCCUGGCAGACCUGACCAACCCCACCUCUGUGUUAACCUCUGUCUCUGGCAGCAUGGACGUCCACGAGUGCAGGAGCCCGUCGCAGACCACCCUGACCAGCCUGUUCUGA